CCGUUGGUAGAAUUCAAACAUUUGAAUUUUGAACAUCUCAAAGAGCCAUUGGGGGCUGUAACUGAGAAGAGAGAUGGCUGCGACUGCGAGCAGCAAGGUUUCUGUAUUUUCAUGGGCAGAUGAGGUAGAAAAGGAAGAAGAAGAAGCUCAAGCACAGCUUCUCCAACCUCAGAAACCCAACCCCUUUGGUUUUGCAAGGCCUAGAGAAAUCGUCCUCGAAGAGAAAGGGAUCGACUGGCGGCAGCUCGACGAACAGCUCCAAUCUUCUAAUCUCAGGAAGGAGAAGCAGCUAAAGGAAAACAUGCCGGCAGCAACCCAAUCAAGCAAUGGGCAGGAGCGGUUUCCUGCGAGGAGUGGAAGCCUUGACCAGAGCACAACAACACGGGUACAAAAUGCGAGAGAUGCUUCUCAUCAGAUGACACCCCCAGCAGUUUAUCUAAACCAGCAGGAACAGAAAAUUGGUUCGUUGGUUCCUCCACUGCGGUACCCCCCUAGAAAUGUAAUGGGUCUGAUGGAGGAGAUGAGAAGGUCUCAUUGCUCUGAUAGAUUGGAAGGGUUGCAGCAUCUUUGGCAGCUUGAAUUGGAGAGGGGAAGAGAGAACAUGAACUAUCAGCACAUGGGAAGGUAUUUUGGUGUUGAGGAAUUGAUGAUUCCGUCAAUGGAGAACAUGAGAUCCGAAUGUAGAAGAGAUUAUGUUGGGAAUAGAUUAAGUGGCCCACCAGCAGAACUGCUAGGGAAUGGAAGGAGAGUUGUUCCCAAUUGGGAACUGCAGAGAGCAGGUUUCGUAGCUAGUUUUGACGGAUGGAUGGGAAGUGCCAUCAAGGACAGCAAUUUGGAGGAUGUCAACGGCCGAUUUGGAAGAAAGAGCCACCACAAUUUGAACAUGGAGAGAUCCGGUUUCAGGAGUUUUGAUGGAGAGAUGAGAAGCGCCAUCAAGGACAGCAACUUGGAGGAAAUCAAUGAUGGAUUCGGAAGAAGGGGGCACCCCAAAAACAUGGAAAGAGCUGGUUUCCAAGGACAUUUUGAUGGAGGAGCAAGAUAUGCAAUCAAGGAUAACAACUGGGAGAACAUAAAUGAUGGAUUUGGAAGAAGGGGCCACUCGAAUUCGAAAACGGAGAAGGUUGGUUUUGGAGGGAAUUAUCGGGCAGGAGUAGGAAGGUUAGCUAUUAAAGAGUCUGAAUGGGAGAACAUGGAAAGAGAUAGUGGGAGAAGGAACAUUGGUGUGGAGGAGAUGGAGGGAAGAGUCCUAUGUAAUUUGAAAACAGAUAGGAGAGAUUUUGGAGAGAAUUACAGGAAUAGAAGAAUGGCAUCUGCAGAGAAUUACAGGAAGAGAGGAAUGGCAUCAGCAGCCGGGAUCAGUCAUUACCAUCAGAGAAGGAGAAGAUAGAUGAUAGAUCUAACCAUGUUUUUGCUAAGAAAGCUUGUUGAAAGAAAGCCAUUCUAUUUUGCUGUUGCCGCUGACAUGCAACCAAUGUUGUUUUUUGAAUGUUAGAAUCUGAGAAAAUACCUCAAACAAAUAUGCUUAUUUAGUAAGCUGUUUGGCUCA